CUAGAAUAUAACAACACAGACCACAUCAACAUUGGGAAGACACCGACGUUACUACAAUAUUGGUUGUAAAUCGUGUUUUAAAAAUUAAGCAAGGAAUGAGGCGGCCAUGGCUGAGACUAGUCUUUGUCCCAAUCAGCGGCUUCUUGAUUUUUCUCUUUGCCUGGAACUAUACCAAACUUCCAGAGCAUCAAAUAUCAAGGGAUCAUGGUAUAGUUAUGGAUCCUUACAUCAAUGUUCCUGAUAUUGGAAGCAUAUCUUUACCCCUGAGAACAAUGCGUGAGCUUGAUCGAAAGGGCCUGGAAGCUCGUUCAAUCCAAUCUGAGUUCAAACGCAAUCCAAACCACUUGGUAUUUGCUCGAGUUCCAAAAACGGGUUCAUCAACUAUAGCCUUUUUAAUGGAAGAAAUAUUUCGACGCACUAACGUAAAUAUCAUGAGCAAUCCGAGAUUUCGGUGGAUCUCAACGCAGAAAGAUCAGGAGUUUUUCGUCAAGGGCUAUUUUUCUCGCCCAAAUGAAAAGGAAGCAUUUUUGGCGCACAUCCGGUUCAUUGACUUCCGAGCAUUCAAUGGAACACCACCAAUUUGGAUAUCCCAAGUCCGUGAUCCAUUGGAAAGGUUUAUUUCUCGGUACAAUUAUGUGCGAAGACGAGAACGGCCAGAUUAUCAAACUUUAUUGAAGAAACGAGGAGUUUUGGAAGCUGAGAAAUGGCGUAAUAUGAGUCUGGAUUAUUGUGUUAGCCAAGGCUUACCUGAAUGUUAUCUGAAACCUGGACAAGAAUACGAGCCUUCCCCUAUUACUUAUUUAUGUGGCUAUGAUCCCGAAUGUUCCCGUCACGGAUCUCGGUGGGCUUUGGAAAAAGCUAAAGCAAAUGUUUUGGAGCACUUCUCGAUGGUGUGUGUCUUAGAGGAUAUUCAACAAAGCCUGAAGAUUAUGGAAAGGAACGUUCCCCAAUUAUUACGAGACAUAUCGAAACAGACAGUUCCACAGAAAAACAAAACUCCCAGGCCAACUCAAAUCAAUGAAACAACGACAGAGAUUCUAAAAAGCAAUCUAGCUUUGGAAUAUGACUUAUAUGAGUUCGUGAAAGCGACAUUUUUUUCGAGGAAUUAAACAUUUCUAUAUUUUUUCUUACGAAACUGUAAAUAUCCUUUUUAUAAUAUUCAUUGCCCCGCUUCAAAAGCUUAGUAUUA